CUUAGGAUAAUCAAAGGCUCACGGCUCAAGACUCUUCUGAGCUUUCCUGACAACUCCUGCUUUCUCUGAUAACAGUCAGCUUGAAACUAUAUUCUACAGUCACAGAACAGGAUCGCUGUGUGGCUAAGAUGUGUACCGGUCACUGCUCCAGGUCUGUGGGAAUGGCUCUGAUCCCUGUAGCCAUCGUCUGCAUGCUGGCAAAUGCGCUGCUGCUGUUUCCUGAUCUGAAGUAUCAGUACCUGACAGAGAAUCAUGUGACCAAAGAGGCCAUGUGGUGCUCUGGUAUCUGGGCAUCAGGACUUCUGGUGCUUGUGGCUGCACGAGGCUUUACAACACAAUAUGAAAAGAAAGGAUGCUGUUAUUUUACUGCUGAGGUUUUACGUAAGUUGGGCUACACAUGUUUGGCCAUUCUGGCAGCUGGCUUAUGUUUUGUGGUGAGCGGGACGGGGCUGAUACAGGGUCCCCUCUGUUUACACAACAGCACCGAUGGCCUACAGUGGGGACGGCCAUUAAAACCAAUCAAAACUGGGGAGAAGCCUUACCUCUAUACUCCUGAGCGGUGGGCAUCAGCCUGUGUGGAGCCUCGAGGUGUUGUGAUGUGGAAUAUGGUUCUUUUCUCCGUCCUCAUGGCAGCGAGUGGCCUUGAGCUGAUUUUCUGCAUCCUGCAUCUCCUCGCUCCCUUACUGGAGUUCAUGUGUGGACCCAAAUUCUGCAACAAUAAGGUUGUUCCUGCUUGAAAUAACUAGAAGAUCUACUAUUUUCAUUUCCAUGUGAGAAUGAGAAUGUCAUUUUUUGGGUUAAACAGUCAGCUAUGACUGCUUAACUUAUUUUAAAAAGAGAGAAACAAAAUAGAAAUGGGAAGUGUAUCAGGAAAGUCAGUUUUCACAUCCCUAAGUAUCAUCAGACAUGUCAAGUCUUCCUGUAGUUCAGCUGCUUAAGAAUGAUACAGUUGACGGUAAGCUUUGAAUCCCAGAAACACUUAAACAGAUAAAAUGCCUUGAAUAAUUCACUAAAAGCACAAAUGCAAAUAAGCUAAUUAAAUUAUUCUUUGUUGUAAUAUAUCUGUGUAUUCAGAAUGCACUUUAGUAUUUAUGCAGUGUAUAGUGAUGUGUGUCAUUUAAUGUAUAUGUAUGUGAUAACAUAUUAAGAUUAUAUUGUUUUGUUGAUACCAAAAUGCUGUGUUAUUUUUUAUUGUUUGAUUUCUACAAGAUUAAAAUCGA